GUCGGUUAAAUAUUUCAAAACAAAAGAGAGAAUUUACAAUCAAUUUCCUUGUUUUUAUUAUUUUUUAUCAUUCAUUGUAAAGAAAGCUUUCAAGAAAAAUGCAUGAAAUAAAUGAACAAAUAAGUAAAAUGUGUGAAGAAUUCAUGAAUGAAGAAAAUAAUGCUUGUGAUGUAAAGAUACCAUCUGUUGAUUUUACGGUUGUUGUCAAUAGUUUUCGAGAAUAUCUUAAACAUCUUCAUGAUACGAAGGAAGCAGAUACAAUUUUCCUCGAUGAUGAACUUGUUCGUAAUCUCAUCUCUUUAAAGCGGGAAUUAUUCAAUACUUUACACAUCUUUCGAAAUAUUCAAAAGCUAGAUCAACAGCCAGAAGAUAAAACAAAAAACAUGAAAAAAUUUGCAACUUUUGAAGAAUUAGCGAAUUUCAUUCUUGCCGAAGAGCAAACACUUAUUUCAGAAUUUUGGAAACUUGAAGCAAUUGCAAAGUUUUUAGAAUCAUUUGAAAUUAGUGAAAUUGCAAAUGAUACGGCAGAGAAAGAAUCAUAAUUAGAUACAUAAAUUUUAAUGAAUUGAUGGAAACAUAAAUAAUUUACAAAUUUUUUAAAUAAAUAGCAAUCCAUUUUUUAUUUCAUGAAAGUC